AUGACCAGUCACAACAAAAAGGAGCAGAUGAAGGAAGAGGCUCGGAAGGCUAGACAUGCUCAAGCAAUGCGCUUUCUCCAGCAAUCUCCCACCACAAACUCGCCCCUUUUUUCUAAGCCGAAGCGAGUUCAGCAGAACUCAAACACCCCAAUGAUGAACCAAAUUUCCAAGAUUCUGGGGAACUAUCCUGAGGUGGUUGAAGAAAUUGGAAAGCAUGCUAGUCAUGGUCAUUUAUAUGACAUGGACAAGAACAUACGACCCUCUUCACGAGAUGCUAAUAAUCAGCAAAAAUGCAAGAUUCAACCCAAUGGUGUGACCCGGCCUCCUAACAACAACAAUUUACCCAGUGGACGUGGGCAAGAGCCCCGGUACGUCAUUAGUGGUCUUACUCAAACAAGGCACAAUGAAUCAAAAUUGUAUCAGAACAGUAGCACGUCAUUGCCAUCCAAAGAAAGUGGACAUGCACGUAAUUCUCUUGACUCUGGCUCUCAUAGUCGGAGUUCUCAAAACCCUCGGCUGUCUGGUUCUAGUGCUGAGAAGGACAGUUCGUCCUCUUCAUAUCAGCAGAAAAAUAAAUAUACCCACUCAUCUGUCAAUUUGAACCACAAAUCUCAUUCCUCCUCUUCAAUCUCAUCAUCACACAACCACCCCAGUGCCAGUGGCCUGGGCUCCAGUAGUGGGGGUGGAGGAACUAAAUCUAGCCAUGCCUUGUCUUCUGCAAGUGCUGAUUUGCACCACUUGGACAGAUAUUCCCACAAUAGUGGCAGUGAGAAGAGCUACAAUAAUAAACACCAAAGCAGCAGUGCAUCUGAUAAACAUGGUAGUAAUGUCAAAAAAGGCUGCUCUGAUCUCAAAGUAUAUAAUGAUAAACACCAUGGAGAUAGCAGAGGGCACACCACUAGUGAUGGCAAAGCCCACUCAAGCAACAGUGAGAGAACCAUGGUCCACUCUUCAUUAAAGGGACGGUCUUUAUCUCCAGCAUCUUUACCUCCCCCAAAUUUGCAACCCCAGACAGGUGUUCCACAAAUCUCUCGGUCACAGCGUCAAGGACCACCCCUAUUGCAACCCCAGCAGACUCAGCAGCAACAACUUCCACCACAGCUCCAGCAUCAACAGCCUCCAACCAUUAUUCCAGUUACCACCGGCUCUGAUAUUUGUGAUGAGAAUCACCACUGUUCACCCUCGAUUUCACCAUCAUCUGUUUUAAAUGCAACGAAUAAUAUUCGAAUGAAACCAUUGCCAUCUCAGCUGACCCCUCAACAAACAACCAAGAGUGCAAAGUUCUCACCACCACAUCUUCUGGAGAACUUGUUUAGUGACAAGGAUAAUGAUGUCAAUCGCAUUGUUCGGGAAAUGACUAGCCAGCCAGAAAAACUGACAGCCAUCAAAACCCCAGUAAAAAAUUAUACAUCACCCCGUGUCAAAAAGAAGCCUGAUAAAGAUAGCUUGGGUGAUAAGACAUCAAUGCCUGAUUUAUCUUUAAACCAGAAUCCACGCUACAAGAACAGGUCAAGACCAGAAGUCCCUUCUCUGGAAAAUCCUAAGAAUUUCCAACGAUGCAGUGUGGACAAUCUGUCUCCAGAUAAUGCUGAUCUCACUGAGGAAAAACACAAGAAUGAUCUUGACACAAUAAUAGCUGAAAUGACAUGCAUCAAAUCUCCAAUUACAGCCAUUAACACACCAGAAAAGAUAAAAAAUGCCCAACCUCCCUUCCCUAAAAAUAUUAAUUCUGACUUGGCUGUCAGUGACAGUGAGGGCUCUGUAAGUGAUGCUGAUGAACGACGGCCAUCUGAUGGAAAACCAUGUAACAGUUCAUCAUCAGAUGAAGAUGCAAAUUUAGAUGUGAAACGACUUGAUCUCUCUCAGGAAAAGGAAGCAAUUACUGAAGAGGUGAAGAAUCAUAUGUCAAUGAUGUUAAGUCCAAUGAUGGAUGGACCGCCUGUCUCUUCGAAUGUUGAACACUUGAGAGCUCAGGAUGACCUGUCACAGGACCUUGAAAUGAGUGAUUCUGACAAUGAAAGCAUUAAAUCUGGUUCCAGUCCGAACUCUCAGAACCAACAGCCAUCACUAAUGUGUGAUGUCAGUUUGAAAAUGAGAAAAAAUUCCGGUGGUUUUGACAUUCCUGCUCUUCAAGAGAAUGAUAGUGAUUAUGAGAUGGAAGAUAUUUACAAGAACCCAGCUGCCGAUGUGCACAACCCUGUGGUACCAACUGAAGUUGCCGUGACAACAGAUCCAAUACAUUUUUGUGGCACACCUAAGCUGUGCGCACCAACUGCUCGGAAAGGUUCUCGUGAAUCUCCUCAAAAAAUUAGCGAUGAGGAAAGUGAUGAUGAUGACAAUGAUGAUGAUGAUGAUGAUGAUGAUAGUGAUGAUGAUGAGGAAGAAGAGAAAGAAAUAAAGAGUGAAGAUGAAGGAAGUGCAGGGCCAGAAGAACUGCAAGAGAAGGUGGACCAAGGGUCAUCCUGUUCAAGUUACACAGAAUCAACUGAAGAUGAAUCAGAUGGAUCAGAUGAGGAGGAAGAACCUCAUCUUAACCCUUCUCCUCCGUCCGACCCAACAAAACCUGCAACUGAGGGAGAGCAUUGUGAUUCUUCAAGUAGUAUUCAAAAGAGUCCGACCCUGAGCUGGAGUUUAAGUCGUUUCAUUACGAAACACAUGGAAAGUAAACCACCGAAGGAGACUGAUCCACAAAAUAAAUCAGAGUCUGACAAUUGCAGUAGUGUAGCUAAUAGCAAUCAAGGUAGCCUCAGUAAUAAGGACUCUUCUGAUGAGAGCUCAUCAGAUUCUGCAAAUUCUGACUCUGAGGAAGAUAAUCCUAGUCAUAAGACAAUGCCUAAUGUGUCCCCAGACAAGUCACCAUUAUUGAGUGAAAGUGAGGAGCUACCUGAAGACAGUGGGAGCUUAAAGAGAAGCAGCAUUUCAUCAUCUGCAAUGGAUGAAGUCACUCCAGUAAAUAAAAGCGAACCUGUUGUCAGUGAUAUAUCAACUAAUAUUGAACCCACAGUAAUAUCUACAUCACUGAUAACAGCAAUGACAACAACGACGACAACUACUACUACUACUACUUCAACAACAACAAACCUUCAAGAUUGGCCCAGUACCAAAAUCCCAAAGGAAAAUUUGACCCCAACAUCUACACCAAAGUCAGUAUCACCCACGUUCUCAUCAGUUGACAAAAAACUCAAACGGAAAGUGUCGUUACCCAUUUGCAUUAAUCUUAGUUUGCUUUCCUCAUCUCCACAUAAAAAGCCUAGAUUGUCACCAGAGCCGUCCCAACCCGCCGAGAAUUUUAAUGCUGUCAAGGUUGAACCUGUCCCUUGCUCACAGUCACCAUCAGAGGCAGCUGUUGACAAAAAGAUCUGCUCCAAAUAUUCGCCAAAACAUGAAAACACCCUUUUCAGUUUAGAGAGUAACUCUUGUUUCAAACGACCUGUAAUGGUGAAAAUUAAUGUCAGUCUAAUGGAGUCAGUGCCCACGAACUGCAAAGCAGAGCUCCUCACUUCUGUAAAGAUUGAACCCUCUAAAUCACCAGCUGACCUUAAGUCUCCGUCUGCCACAAACAAACCUGUUGUUGGCUCCUCUAUCUCUGGUGCUAGCACACCGAAGUCAGCACCUUCGAAACUGAUAUCAACCUCAGAAAUUAUGACAACCACAACAGCAGCUCCAACAGCAACAACACCACCACCAUCACUACCACCACCACCACCACCCUUUCCAGCAAUGAUGGCAACAACACCACCAUCAUCCUCAUCUUCAACAUUAUCAUCCAAUACCUCCACGGUGACAACAUCAUCAAAGAGUGUGCUACCACACUUAACGACAACAUCGACAGCAUCACCAUUGGAUAAAGAUUUUAACUUCCGGAUUCCUAAGAGGAAUUCUGAUUCAGAUUCUCAGGAGUACAGGUUAAAAGUCAUAAAAACUGAUGCGCAGUCAUCAAAAUCCGAGGCCAAAACAGAUCCAGUUAAGACAGAUUCAAGCAAGAAAUCAGAUAUUGCUGCUAACAAAAGUAGUACGCUUCCUCUGCCAGAGAAUUUGUCUGCAUCAAACAAAGGAAAUAAAUUGUCCAAAGAACUGAAGUCUUUAGGUACAAAAUAUGGACAAACUUGCCAUGACAAUAAUAUAGAUGCUACUGCGUCAGUUGAUGAGAACUGUAACAGCAUGCCAAAUCCUAAUUCUGAGUCAAAUGACAAAAACGCCAAAGAAAAUCAAUCUGCACCAUCCAUUUCAUUGUCGACAAAACCGCCAUCUGAUUCCUUGAAAGACAUGACAAAAGCAGCAACUGCCUCAUCGUCCACCUCGACAUCGUCAUCAUCCUCAGCUGUGGUAACAUCAUCCACCUCAAAGUUGUCAUUAUCGUCCCCUGGAGCCUCGUCUGCUGCCAAUAUUGCUGGUCCACGACUAAAUACGUUGGCCCCAACUUCCAGCAAUUUGAAUACUAACAGUAAUGGUAGUUCUGCUGGGGAUUGCAGCACCAAUAGUAAUAAUAGUAGCAGUUCAAAACGAUCUUCAGACAAUAUCAAAAGUGGCCGUCCACCUGUGAAGGUACAAACGACCACCAGUAGCAGCAGUAGUAGUAGUAGUAGUAGUAGUAGUAGCAGCAGUAGCAGUAGCAGCAGUAAGAAGAAUAGCGCGACUUUCUAUUUUCAGGAGGCCACAAGGAUGAAACAUGAAGGCAACAAAAAGACAGACGUAUUUGAAAAGGCGUAUCUGUACAUGCAGUCAGUUGUCUAUUACGUAUUGUGCGGUGUGGCUAUGGAAAAGUCUCGCAAACAUCAGGACUGCUACAAGAUGUUCAGUGAGACGUUUGAGCUGCUUGAUCAGAUCGGACACUAUCACCAAUAUCCACAGGAGCAGAAGUUUGCAGUAUUACGACUUUUGCUCAUGUCUGCCAUCAGCAAAAAGCUCUAUGACCUCAAAAAGAAAGUGGCUGACAACCUGCGGCAGGCGCUGGAUGAGCACUACAAGCAGUAUUCAAGCAGCGCUCCUGUAUCUGGCACAGCACACUCUCAUACUCCCUCCCCAGUCCGACCAAAUCUGAACAUUUCUACACCCUCGUCGAGAUCAACCCCUUCCCCUUCAGGCAGCAUUGAUUCUAUACGAUCACAAGGGAGCAGUACCUCUGAUGCCAGAUUAACCCCGUCUGCGACUUCUGCAAACAACACCACCACCACUUCUUCUUCCUCCACCACAACAAAUACCACUUCCUCUUGCUCCUCCUCCUCCACUAUUUCCUCUUCCAUAAACCCUCACCCAUCAUCUGUUACGAACGCUUCUACUCCGUCAUCUUCACAAACUGUUACAAUUCCAAAGCGUAUCUAUUCCAUCACGCGCAACUAUAUGGAAAUCAUGGACUACCUUGUCAAAGCUCAUCAUUAUUCUGAUCAGGCCGCCAUCCAGAGGGACAACUGCAAAGACUUUACGGAGCUUCUCAACUCGCGCUGUAAGACAAUCUCAUUGCAGAGCAGUAUUUUAGAACAUGUUGACUAUGUCAAAGCUGGUUUGCAACUGUUACAAAACUCAUGA